UCUCCCCCCGACCCUUUUCUCUCUCUCUCUCGAUCGAUUUCGCCCUCGCCCUCGCCCUCACUCCCCAAUCCAAAAAGGUUGGAUUCACAAUCUCUCUCUCCAUGGUCGCCGCCCCCGUAAACAACGAAGAAACCCAAAUCUUGGACUCCGAUUCCCCUUCGAUCGGUGAUCCUGAGACUCGAUUCGAUGGUGCCGAGCGGAAUGUCGUCGGUGGUGUGGAUGUUGGUGAUGGUGAUUUGGUGAAGGAAUCUGGUGUUCUUUAUGGAGAAACCCAAGCCCUAGAUGAUUCGGAGGGAUCCGGUGGGGAUGGGGAUUUCGAUGUUGGUGACUGGGGCAAGACCCAAUUGAUCGAGGAGAGCGAGGAGGAUGCGGCGGCUGAUGAUGAUGAAAAUGAUGAGGGCACCGCGGUGCUGAGCGCGGACGAGGGUUUAUCCGAUGAUGGGGCCACGCCGGGGGGGAAUGAGAGAAAGGCCGAAGAAGAUGCUGAAUUAGGAUUGGAGACAGCAAAAGAUGAGAAUUUGAGCUCAGGGGACGGAAAGGAUGAGAAUUUGGUGGAUUCUGAUGCUUCGACUGAUGACGAGGAGGGUGGUGAAGGAUCUUUGCAGAGAAGGUUAAGUUCAGUACGUGUGGCAUCCAUUCGUUCUUCUGCUCUAGCAGCUGCCCAAAAUUUCCUCUCUAAAUCAAGAAAUACCGAUUCAAGAUCUACAUGCAGUAACGACAGCACAAAUAAAACCCAAGGCAAUACGAUUGACCACUCCCAUGAAUUCACACAGUGCUAUAGCAAAGAGGGAUCUGCAAACAAAAGUAAAAGCAACACUGUGAAGAAGCUUUUUUAUGAUGUGACACCUCAGGAGGAGGAAAGCACAAGCAAAAUGGAAUCAACUCAUCUUCCUGCGAUUGGUCAUGGUAUUGCAGGACUAAGCUAUGUAGGAUCGCAAGAACCUGGCGAUCUAUCCCAGGCUAAUGCAUUGGAAGUUGUUGAUAAGUUCAUUUCAAUUAAUGAUUUCGAACCAUCUCAGGAGGCUUUGAAUAGAGGAAAAGCUGCAGUUUUGAAGUCACCUCCCAUUUCUAGUGCUAAAGGGGUUCGCUUUUUAGCGGAAAAGGUUGAUCAUGUAAGCCCGGUUGGGAAAGAAGGGAUCUUUGAUUGGGUGGACAGUCUUGAGGAUGAGGGAGGGGGUGAAUUCUUCCAUAAAAGAAAAGAGUUCUUCUUUAAGAGUAAAGUUGAUGCCAGUAAGUCUCAAAGUCAUCCUCCAAAGAACAGGAGUGGCAUAUAUGAUAAGAGUGGGAAGGAGGACGAUGCAAGCCCAAAUACAGGUAGAAAAUUGGCAAAUUUAGCUCAUUCAGAUUCAAGGUUACUGAUACAGAAUACAGGAGUAAGCAAAAGGAUCCAUCAAACAAAAACAAAGAGAAAUCUUUCAAAAGAUUUGGAUGAACAGUCAAACUCAAAAUCCCUAGAGAAGCAAGUGGAGGGAAAUUAUGACAUUGGCCCUGAUACGCAGAUGGCCGCUGAAGCAAUACAAAUCCUAGUUCAUGGUUCUCCCAUUAGACAUACAGCGGAGGGUGAUAAACAAUGUGGAGACAUGAAUGGGAAUGACAACAGUGCGAGGGUGAAGGAUUCUUCAAAGAAUGUCUCUCGUAGAAAGAGGUCUCGUGAUUCAAAAGGCAUCCCUACACGAUCUAAACGGAUUAAGAUGCUAUCCAGCAAGUCAGAUGACAAAAGACCCAUCAUUUCUUCGGAGAAUUUGAGAGGGUCAAGAAGGAAAAGGAGUUUGGAGGGAAAAACCCUUGAAACAGAAACAAAUAGGAUGAAGUCAAAUUUAAAGGGGGAAAAAAGUUCUCAACUUGAAUUUAUACCUGGGGAAUAUCGUGUCUAUGGCUCACCUAUUGCCCACCGAACCAGGCACUCAAAGCAAGCGAACUCUAAAAAGAAGGUUGAAACUUCAUCUGUGAAAGUUAGAAAUUGUUGCACUAGGAGCUCCAAAAAAGUGAAUCUAGUGAAACAAGCUGAAAUUUUGUGUAAUGGUAGUGAGAAAUAUGGAAAUGAGAUGAUGGAUGACACUUGCAAGGCUGCAGGAACUGAGGUUGAGCUUGUCACCAAUGAACCUGGAUCAGUGAAUAAUGAUAAUAAAUGUUCUAAUUCUAAUAAAGACCAACCUAAGGUAGUUGAUACCAUAUCUACUAAGCCAGUGACAGCCACUCAGCCCUCCAAGAAAACUAAAAGGGUCUUCAUACGAAGUGUUUCUGAGAUAUUAGAUAGAGUGAAGAGGAAAAAAAGAUCGUCUUCUACAAUGAGAGCAUCUGAAGAUAUUAGGUCCAUACUCCCUGGGUUGAGAACAAGGUCAUCAGUUCAUUCUCUGCUAGUAACACAUUCUUCGGGGAAAAAUUCUAAUCAACCCACAUGUACGCCAAGUUUAGAUAAAGCUGGUUCAGCUGGUUCGCCCAACGAAAAGGUUCGACAAUCUAGUAUAGGAAGAACAACAUCCAAAGUAGUAGAGGAAGUUUCGCCUAUUUGCGUAACUCAAGGUCCUUCAAGAGCAUGGGAUAAAGGCUUAUCAAGGCCAUCGAUUGCUAGAGAACUUCUUAGGUUAGAACCUCCUGAAGCAUCACCGAAUAAAGAGUGGAAAGAUUUGAGAAGAAGAAAAUAUAUGGCCAGUACUUGUAUUUUGUUAAGCCAUCAUUUGGACGAUGAUAUAAUCAAGCAGCAGAAAAAGAUUUUAGCAAGAUUAGGAGUAUCUGUCGCAGCUUCUAUAUCAGAUGCUUCACACUUUGUGGCAGAUAAAUUUGUUCGCACGAGGAACAUGCUAGAAGCAAUGGCGCUUGGUAAACCCGUGGUCACCCCUUUGUGGCUUGAAGCCUGUGGACAGGCAAGCUGUUUCAUAGAUGAGAAAAACUAUAUAUUGAGAGACACAAAGAAGGAAAAGGAGAUUGGUUUUAGCAUGCCUGGUUCAUUGGCUCGUGCAUGCCAAUGCGCACUCUUGCAGGGCAAACGAGUAUUCAUAACUGCAAAUGUGAAACCAAGCCAAGAGCUUAUUGCAAGUUUGGUUAAAGCAGCGGGCGGGCAGCCUAUGGAAAGGAUAGGGAGAUCCGUUAUAAAGGACGAGAAAGUUCCGGAUGACCUGUUGAUUAUCUCUUCCGAAGAAGAUUAUGAUAUUUGCAUACCAUUGCUUGAGAAAGACGCAGGGAUUUUCAGCUCGGAACUUGUGCUGAAUGGUAUAGUCAUCCAAAAGCUGGAGUAUGAGAGGCAUCGACUCUUCUCCAAUCACAUCAAAAGGACCCGCUCGACUUUAUGGCUGAGAAACAAGGAUGACGGGCAGUUUCUUCCGGUAAACAAAUGUUCGUAGCUCCAUUGAACCUUGUUUUGGGAGGGGGGUUUUCUUCUGUUACUUGUGUAUGUAUUAUCCUAGGUCUUUGCUUUUCUGUGAUCAUUGUAUAGUAAGAUCUUUUUUAUUCUGAAUUUAGCUUUCUAUUCUGAGUUCCUGCGAGGUUGCUUGCGCAGCUUGUAUUUAUUCUUUCCUCAAAUGCAGAGAGUUCUAUUCCUCGUUA